CACAGCCUGCUCGAGCGCGCUCUCUCAAAAAUAGAAAAACGACCGACGGUUAAAAAUAAUGAUGAAUUGCAAUAAAAUUAUUGCUAUUAUUGCUAUUCUCAAGGUAUUAAUGUGUUUUUUCUUUUCAUUUGACGUUGUUUUCAAUCGGUGAAAUGCAGCCAGUACCGUUAGAGAGCACUGCUCCCCCUCCCCCGCUUCCCACAGACACCAUUGCACAGAUAGGAAGAGAGGGAGGGGGAAGGAGAGAGAGAGAGGGAGAGGGAGAGCGAUAGUCAGCACCCGUGAGAGGGGAACAAGAUUCAGCCGCGCGGAGAGAGAAGACAAAAAAGCAGUAGCCAAACGAACAAAGGAAAACAUGGAUGUAACGGAAAAACGCUAUUUAAAACAAGCACAUGUACCGGAGAGGAUGUUUUGGUCGUCCUGCACAUAGUAGGGGGUAACUCAAGGACUCUUCCCCCCGUUUUUAAUGUUGCGCGUGGGGACGCAUGGAAAGCUUUCUCUAAUCCGUCUGCGGAUCCUGCCUGCUUGCAAUGGCUGUGGCGGUGCGAUGGUGUUACAGCAUAACUCAGAAUGUGCCUUUUACUUUUUAUUUGGUAAUUUUUGUACUCAGUGGCCUUACAAAUGCACAAAUACGAUACACCAUUCCGGAGGAGCUAGAGAAUGGGGCUGUGGUCGGCGACAUUGUUCGCGAUUUGGGUCUGGACCUGCAAAAGCUCUCCUCCCGACGCGUCAGAAUCACGUCGGACAGCGCACGGAGAUAUUUCAACAUAAAUCAUAAAAAUGGCAAGCUGUCGGUAAGUGACCGCAUCGACCGGGAGACGCUGUGUGAAUUCAGUGGCACCUGUUUGCUCAACCUAGAAGUGGGGGUUGAGAACCCGCUCGAGGUGCAUAAUGUGGAGGUGGAGAUUCUGGAUGCGAAUGACAACUCGCCACAGUUCCCCCGGGACGAGUACCAGCUGGAAAUCUCAGAGUCCGCCAUAACUGGGUCCCGGUUCCCCAUCGAGGGCGCGCAGGAUGCAGACGAAGGCUCCAACUCAGUUCGUCUCUAUCGGCUCAGCAACAAUGAGCACCUCGCACUGGACUCCAACAAGCCCGCGACAAAUAGCAAGAACAUCCAGCUCGUGCUCAAAAAGCCAUUUGACCGUGAGCAUACACCAUCUCAUCAGUUGAUACUGACUGCUGUUGAUGGAGGCACUCCGGCGCGCACAGGUACAGCCAAAAUCAACGUGCGUGUCCUGGAUUCCAACGACAACGUGCCUGUGUUCGACAACUCCGUGUACAAAGUGAAACUUUCGGAGAACUCGCCCAAGGGCGCUCUAGUGAUAAAGUUAAACGCCACAGACCGGGAUGAAGGCACAAACGGGGAGGUGUUUUACUCUUUUAGCAGUUACACCCCAGAGAGGGUGAGACAAAUGUUCUCCAUGGACACAGAUACAGGAGAGAUCAGAGUGAAGAAAAACAUAGACUAUGAGGAGACUAACUCCUAUGAGAUGUACAUACAAGCUAUGGACAGGGGUCCUUCUGCAGUGGUAGUCCACUGUAAAGUGGUGGUGGAGGUUUUGGAUGUGAACGACAACAUUCCUGAAAUCGUGCUGUCAUCUCUUUCCAGCCCGGUCCGUGAGGAUGCACGGGCUGACACCGUGGUGGCUCUGAUCAGUCUUAACGACCGGGACUCCGCCCAGAACAAACAGGUGACCCUGGAGAUCCAACCUGGGGUCCCCUUUAAGAUCAAGUCCUUCCGGAACCACUACACCUUGGUCACCGCUGCAUUCCUGGACCGAGAGACCAUCUCCACCUACAACGUCACAGUAACCGCCAUCGAUGGGGGAACCCCAGCCCUGUCUUCACACAUGUCCAUUAAAGUUGACGUGGCCGAUGUCAAUGACAACCCUCCCCGCUUCGAACAGACUUCCUACACAGUGUACAUGACGGAGAAUAAUGCACCUGGUGCAUCGAUGUGCGUUGUAAAGGCAAUGGAUGCAGACGCUGGGGAGAACGCUCGCAUCACCUACACCGUCCUCAAUGACAACAACCACGGCAUCCCUGUGGCGAGCUACGUCAGCAUCAAACCCGACACGGGAGAGGCCUAUGCCCUGCGAGCCUUCGACUUCGAGAAGCUCAGAGAGUUCCACUUCCAGGUGAAAGCCCAGGAUGGUGGCGUGCCGCCCCUCAGCCGCGUAGCAACAGUCUACGUUUACAUUAUGGACCAGAACGACCACUCCCCCAGGGUAGUCCAUCCUCCAGCCAAUGGGACGCGGACCACCGAGACGCUGAUGAAGAAUGCAGAGGCGGGGGCUCUGGUAACCAAGGUGGUGGCGUGGGACGGGGAUGCUGGUCAGAACGCCUGGCUGGUGUACGCCCUGGAGCAGACCACCUCCGAGCUGGACCUGUUUAAAGUCCACGAGCACACGGGGGAGAUCCGCACCAUGCGGCGUGUCAGCGAGGACAACUCCACCUCUUUCCUGCUGACCGUUCUGGUCCGUGACCAUGGCCUCCCGCCACUUUCCUCCACCGCCACCAUCAAUGUGCACGUCAUGGAGCUGCCACCCAAGCUGACCCCUGACCCCAAACGCAUCAUCAGGCCUCACAGCCCGCUGCUGUUCUCCAACGUAACCCUCUACUUGAUCGUGGCCCUGAGCGCCACCACCUUUGUGUUCCUUGUCACCAUUGUGGUGCUGGCCAUCGUCCGCUGCCACGCCUACUGCACCCAGCCCGGCUCCUGCUCACCCUGCUGUGUGUCCCAAAAGAGUGUCCCCGAGGGGGGCACCUCGGCUGGUGGGGGUGGCGGGUCAUUGGGUCGAGGUGGCGGUGGUGGGGGAGGUGGAGGAGGUCAGGGUCAACCCAACAACAACGUUGCUCUGCGGAGGGACCUGAAGGUUGAACCUCACUACAUUGAGGUGCGGGGAAACGGCUCCAUGACCAAAACGUACUGCUAUAAGACAUGCAUGACGGCCACGUCGGGGAGCGACACCUUCAUGUUCUAUAACACGGGCCGGCCCCACAGCGGCACCUGGAGCUCCGGGGGAUACGUCACCAGCCAGAGUGGACAGAGCCAGAUGUUUGUACGCAGGCUGAGCAUGCCAGAUGCAACCGCCAUACAGCCCAAGGUGCCGAAUUCAGACUGGCGUUACUCUGCCUCACUUAGGACUGGGAUGCAGAGCUCAGUGCACAUGGAGGAGUCGUCGGUGAUGCAGGGAGCCCAGGGGGUUCUGGUCCAGAACUGGCCGACCGUGUCUAGCGCCACCGGAGAUGCUGAGGGUGGAGAGACGUCCCCGCCCAUGGGAGCUGGAGUGGAUAGUAACAGCUGGCACUUCCGUUACGGUGCAGGCGGUCCCGGUGGGCCCCCCCAGCACCUGAAGCCUGGCGAGGUCCCCCCCGAAGCCUUUAUCAUCCCCGGAUCCCCCGCAAUCAUCUCAAUCCGCCAGCAGGGAGGAGAGGACGACAAGAGCGACUUCAUCACUUUCGGAAAGAAGGAGGAGGCCAAGAAGAAGAAGAAGAAGAAGAAGGAGAAGAAGGAUAAGAAGGAUAAGGGGAAGGAUGAUGACGAGUAGCGGAGGAGGAGGACGAGGAAGAGAAGGAAAGGGAGCUGUUAAAACAAAGGUAGCAACCAAAGUCCACCUGGUAACAAAAAUACAAGUAUUUGAGACAACAGGUGAAAAGAGAGAUCCCCAGUUCAACUUCAUCAUCUCUGGCUCAGUAACACAGACAGGCAGACAAAGUCACACUGCCGUCCUCCGCUCAAUACCCACCCCUGGAACAAAGAUAAUAGCCCAGGCCUUUCUAACUCUCUCUGAUAAUAAUCUGGCCUUACCAAGAUUACUGUAGUUUAACGUCUCCUCCAAAUCCCUGUCUUGGGUAAUUGUUUAAUAAUCAUGCCUUGAUGAGAAAAAAAUGUAUUGAUGCAUUUUCCUCCAUGCCCCCUGGUGCCUGCCUAUACACCCUGAGCCAAAUAAUACCCUCCCACUCUUCUCGGCAAGGGAACAAGAGCUACAGUCUCCCCUUGCCCUCGGCUUUUCACCUUCUCUCCCACGGAUACGUUGGCACCUCUUACCCUUUCCCACCAUGUUGUAUAAUCUCUUUUCUUUGAAAGGAAAAUAACAUCUGAGGAUGAGAAGAAAACAGCUCUGUGCCAGCCUCGGAAAAAGAACAAAAAAAGCAAAUGUCAAGAAGAAGAAAAGAAAGUAAUUCGAAGACACAGACAGCGCUAGAUGUUUAGAGCUGGACACUCACACUUGUAAAUAGCACAGGAGAGAGUCGCUAAAGCUGAGGCUAAAGGCUAACAUGACACUGCUGCUGCAGCUUCCUAUCGCGUUCUCUAUCUGUCAGUGUUCCCUGAGCCGGCAAGGAAAACAUGGCUGUCAAUGAUACACACAUACACGUUGACACACACACUCACAAACAUGGACACUGAGGACACCUGAGACCUGGAGAGAGGUACAAAAUCUAGGAGCUGCCAACAAACCACAGCGAACAAAUAACAAUACGCAAGCUUUUUCCCCAGCAGUACAGUCUCCUUAGCAGUACACACGUGUACUGUAGAUCUACGCCUCUCAGGAUCGACAGCUGCAUCCCCUGCAAUAACUCCUGGUUGGUCUGCUCAAUACUCUAUUCUGGGACAAUGAGAUCUCUCUCUCUCUCUCAAAGCAGCCAACAGCUCAAUGAAAUCUCUCUCAGACAACAGCUCAAUGAGAUCCAUCUCUCUUAAAACAGCCAACAGCUCAAUGAGAUCCCUCUCUCUCAAAACAGCCAACAGCUCAAUGAGAUCCCUCUCUCUCAAAACAGCCAACAGCUCAAUGAGAUCCCUGUCUCUCAAAACAGUCAACAGCUCAAUGAGAUCCCUGUCUCUCAAAGCAGCCAACAGCUCAAGGAGAUCCCUCUCUGUCAAAGGAGCCAACAGCUCAAUGUGAAGACAGAGAAAGAGGGAAUGAGAGAAAGGAGGAACACUUCAGAUUAUCUUGAGAACGAAAGAGACGAGUCCAGCUGAGUUGGCCUGUGAUCCAGCUUGUUGAUCAGGUUUCAGUUGGAACCUUGUAGAAUAGCAGGAGUGUCUCCAGCUAAAGAUGAUCUCUUCCCUGCCACUCAGCAAAAGCCUGAUGCUUUCUGCUCUGAAUGUUUGGUAGCAACCAUCCUUUACCUGAUACCCAACCUGAUCUCUAUCCUCCCCACUCCCCUGAGCUUUCCACCCUCAACCCCACACCACCCCUCCCUUACCCCAACCACAGACUGCUUCUUCAUGUGAUGAUGAUGACAUAUUUUUCUCUUUUUAUUUGUUCUUGGAGAAGAGCCACGAUUUCAUUCUCUGUUUUGUUAGCUUUAACUGAUCUGCAGUGCUUCUUCUUGUCCCCCCCUGCCCUUCAUCUCUCUCUUUUUCUGGCAAUAGACCCCCCCCUCUCUAACCCCCUGUUCAUUCAGGGUGAACUGGGAAGGCCUACUCUGAACCUUGUGGUGUGCUGGGAUCAGUAAUAUGUGUGAGGCCUGUAGAACCCAGUCGGUGCCGGUGGUCCACUACUCUGUUAGCCAAUGUCAGAUGCCUCUAAGUGCAAAACGGUUGAGUGCUUUUAACUUGUGAAUACUACGCUGUUCAUUCCUGUUUGUGGUCACUGGCGAGAGGGGACGAGGUGGGAUGGGGACAGGGAUGGAGGUCUGGGGCAUGGUGCUGAGGGCUAUCCCUGUCCUCCAUGUUCCUGGGUAAACAUAUAUGGAAACAGUAGGUCACCCAUUGGCUUUUAUGUACAUGAUAAAUGUAGAUUUAGACUUGCAUUUCAUACAUGGACUUUGCAUUAAUAAAUGCGAUGUGUAACCUGAUUAUUACAUUAUUAAUGACUAAAUACGAGCAUCUAAGGAUUCCUGCCCCACAACUCUAUCCCACCAAUCCUCUUUCAGGAGGUUUUGUGAAGGGGCGGAGACAUGCUUCAGCCCUGCUUCUAUUGGUUCCUCCUUCCCUUGCCUGUAAGUUGUUGCCACACCCCCCAAGUUCUGCAGCUCAGUAUGACUUCACUCCACUAAAGUGGCUGCUGCAUGUAAGUCCCAAAGGAAACAUAGUAUAUAGAGAAAUAUAUAUAUAUAGAAAUAGAUGGUUAUGAUUUUAUUAUUUUGUAUUAUCAUUUUACUUCAUGACUCGCUAAGGAGAUAUUUGUGUGUACCGUCUCUACAAUGCAUCUUGUGCAUAUAACAUCCUACACACUCCACAGUGGUGUUAUACGUUAACUUAACCUCUUAGAUAUUUGUAAAUGCUAUAGUGUGAUGGCCUUGAAUGCAACUCUGUUCAUUUUGUUUUACCAAAAUAUAAUUUUUGUUUUUGAGAACAAGCAAAGAAAAGGUAAUAAAAAAAAUAAAAAAAUAUGAUAAUAAUACGUUGUUUUGUGUCCGGCUUUGACAUGAUGCUCUACCUAACACUAAUAUUGUAAUUGAAAUAUGUAUGAUCCUGUGAUGAGCUAUAUUUUCCCUUCCACCCCCUUUCAACAGAUAAAAUGUUAAAAAAUGACAGAAAAAAAGUCCAAUGUAAAAAUGGUAUAUGUAGUGUAUGCUUGUGUUUAGUGAGCGUUCACGCUGUCAUUCUUUAUUUAGAGUACGGUGGUGAACAAUGGUGGUGCUGUCCUGGUCUACUGGGUAGUACUGAUCUGUUGUAAAACCUUUUUUUGUACACCUGCUCAUCUACUAUGACUGUAAAAUUGUGAAAUUGCAUUUCUUUCCAUUUUUUUAUUUGCCCUAAAUGGAUACAGUGGUAAUGUGUUUUGUUUAUAAAUCACUCAAUAAAGUUUUCUUUCAUAAAAAUGA